UUUCCAUCAAGGACUCUCAGGAGCCGCUUUCUCCUCUUUUCUGGCGGCUGCUCCCGGCGGCGUGGCGCUAGGAAGUCGCUGAAGCUCUCUGAGCUCAGCAGAGGCCACAGAUGUCGCUGGCAAGCGAGCAAGUGGGCGCCGGCCAGCGGGGGCGGCCCCGCCCGCCGCGCCCCCAGACGGCGGCGACGUUAAUUCCCAGGGAGGCCACCUCUCAUCUGCCUUCUCCGGAGCCCAACGCGAGCGCUCUCACCCACCGUGGGGGUCAGCGUCGCCGGCGUGCGAGAGGGGCGGGUCCCGCGGGCCCCCGGCCCUAGGGCUCCCAGCGCCGCCCCGCGCCCCGCGCCCACGUGAGCGCGCGGACACCCCAGCGCUCGGCGGCUGCUGCGGCUCGGCCUCUGCAGCACGCGGUGAGUGGGGCCCUGGGGUGGGGGCGCGCAGCCCACCCGCUCCUCCGCCGGUUCUUUCCGCAAUUGUCCUGCUCUCCCUGCCCUCCCCGCUCGGCUCUUCCCAGCGUCACCCCCUUUCCUGGGCUCCUUCCCUCCCCUUCCCGGGCUCUCCUUCCUCCAGCAGGGCAGGCUUGGUCAGCCGAGAGAGGAGACGACAGACACCCAGAGCAAGCCACGCCCUGCAGAUAGACCAUGAGCAGCCACGGCAACAGCCUGUUUCUGCGGGAAAGUGGUCAGCGGCUGGGCACGGCGGGCUGCCUGCCAGGGCUGCAGGACCGGCUCCAGCAGAGGGCGCUGCGCACGCGCCUGCGCCUGCAGACCAUGACGCGGCAGCACGUGCAGCGCUUCCUUCGCCGGAACGCCUUCAUCCUGCUGACAGUCAGCGCUGUGGUCAUUGGGGUCAGCUUGGCCUUCGCGCUGCGCCCCUGCCAGCUCACUUACCGCCAGAUCAAGUAUUUCUCCUUCCCUGGAGAGCUUCUCAUGAGGAUGCUGCAGAUGCUGGUGCUGCCUCUGAUUGUGUCCAGCCUGGUCACAGGUAUGGCGUCCUUGGAUAACAAGGCGACAGGGAGGAUGGGGAUGCGGGCAGCUGUUUACUACAUGGUGACCACAGUCAUCGCGGUCUUCAUUGGCAUCCUCAUGGUCACCAUCAUCCACCCUGGGAAGGGCUCCAAGGAGGGGCUGCACCGCGAGGGUCGCAUUGAGACCAUCCCCACGGCCGACGCCUUCAUGGACCUUGUGAGAAAUAUGUUUCCGCCCAACCUUGUGGAGGCCUGCUUCAAACAGUUCAAGACACAGUACAGUACGAGGCUGGUCACCAGGACCGUGGUGCGGACAGACAAUGGGUCAGACCUGGGGGCCUCCAUGCCUCCUCCAUCCUCCACGGAGAAUGGAACGAGCCUUCUGGAAAAUGUCACACGUGCCUUGGGCAGCCUGCAGGAGGUGCUGAGCUUUGAAGAGACUGUCCCUGUGCCAGGGUCUGCCAACGGCAUCAAUGCCCUGGGCCUUGUGGUCUUUUCUGUGGCUUUUGGGCUGGUCAUUGGUGGCAUGAAGCACAAAGGCCGGGUCCUGCGGGACUUCUUCGACAGCCUCAAUGAGGCCAUCAUGAGGCUGGUUGGCAUCAUUAUCUGGUACGCACCAGUGGGCAUUUUGUUCCUCAUCGCAGGGAAGAUUCUCGAGAUGGAAGACAUGGCUGUCCUGGGUGGCCAGCUGGGCAUGUAUACCUUGACGGUCAUCGUGGGCCUCCUUCUCCAUGCUGGUGGGGUCCUGCCCCUUAUCUACUUCCUUGUCACUCACCGGAACCCUUUCCCUUUUGUCGGGGGCAUGCUGCAGGCGCUCAUCACUGCCAUGGGCACGUCUUCCAGCUCAGCAACUCUGCCCAUCACCUUCCGCUGCCUGGAAGAGGGCCUGGGUGUGGACCGCCGCAUCACCAGGUUUGUGCUGCCAGUGGGGGCCACAGUCAACAUGGACGGCACCGCCCUCUACGAGGCCCUGGCUGCCAUCUUCAUCGCCCAAGUCAACAACUAUGAGCUCAACUUGGGCCAGAUCACGACCAUCAGUAUCACGGCAACAGCAGCCAGUGUUGGGGCCGCAGGCAUCCCCCAGGCCGGGCUUGUCACCAUGGUCAUUGUGCUCACGUCCGUUGGCCUGCCCACAGAAGACAUCACACUCAUCAUCGCCGUGGACUGGUUCCUUGACCGCCUGCGCACGAUGACCAACGUUCUGGGGGACUCCAUCGGAGCAGCCGUCAUCGAGCACUUGUCCCAGCGGGAGCUGGACCUGCAGGAAGCUGAGCUGACUCUUCCCAGCCUGGGGAAGCCCUACAAGUCCCUCAUGGCCCAAGAGAAGGGGGCAUCCAGGGGACGGGGAGGCGGCGAGAGUGCCCUGUGAGGCCUGGCUCUGCCACCCAGGAAGGAGGCUGGAGGGAGAUCCUCCGUCUACCUGACGAUGAGCACACACGUAUCGUCCUCGUGUUUGGUGGCAACAGAGAUAAAGGCACAGGAAUGAGCACGUGUGGCUCUCCAUUUCUCUCUGUGUGUGCUGGGAACCUUGUGGGAGGCAGCCAGGUAGGCAGGAUAUGGUGGCUUCUCUGAGGGUGGGGCCCCUUCAGGGUCCACAUGGGAUGGUUGGGUGCCUCGGGUUCCUUUUUCCUCCAGGAACUGAAGAAAACCCAGGGAAGAUAUGUUUCUCGAAUAAGACAAUAACAUGUGGGUUUCCGAGAGAGACUCUGGUUCCCCUCCUUUCACACCUCACAGGUCAAUAAAUGUCCCUUUAAAUGGA